AUGGCUCACUCAACACUCUUUAUACUUGGAAUGAUUUUAGUCACUUUGAAUGGAUUCAGUGUAGACAUCUCAGGAACUGAUUGUACUUGUGAUACUUUCACAACCCAAUUGGAUUGUAAUGCUGCAUCUACUUGUGAAUGGACAAACUCAGAAUGUGUAGAUGUUGAUUGCUCUACUAAAACUACUAUAGUGUAAUGCAAUGUUGCCAAUUCAAUUUGUGCAUUCACUCCAUCUAGUCAAUGUGCAGCUUUUACAUCUUGUUCUGACUAUAAAUAUGCUGACGAAGCCACUUGUUUGACCAUCGGAUGCUUAGCAGAUACAAAAGGAUCUGAUGGAUUAUAUCCAUGCAAAGCCAUCGCUUCAAUUAAGAAGUGCUCAGAAAUCACUACAGAAACUGAGUGCACAACCCAUUAAUGCUUUUGGAAUAGUUCAGCUGCAUGUGUAGCACCCACAUGUGCAUAACAGACUACAGCCCUAGAUUGUACCGCCAUAAGAUCCGAUGUUGUUACUACAUGGUAAAUAUGUUCAUGGACAGCUGGAACAAGUACAUGUGCUGAUGCUACAGGAUUAACUCAAUCAAAUUGUGCAGUUCUUACAAGAGGAUCAUAUUAUUGGAACACUGAUUCAAGUGCAUGUGAAGUUUGUUAAGGCUCAUCAAGUUAUGCUUAAUUAAUUUCCUUGGGAUUAGCAUUGCUUAUGCUCAUUGUUUGA